AUGAAGGAUAUAUUUGUAAGAACAAAUUAUAAUGUUUCACACGUUUUGUUUCAGUUUUUCGUAACUUCUGCUUUUUCUUGUGCUUCGGAAAGGACGCAGCGAUGCUUCGAAACUAAGCAUGUUUAUCGUUCCUUUCUCUGUCUCCUGUUUCCUAAAAGGGACCAAGUGGGGCUUCAAAAGCUAAGAAUUUUUUUCCAUGAUGGAAUUGCAUGGCUCCUCCUCGAUGGCGGUCUUCACGACGAUUUCCCCUGGGCUAUCACAGCAUCGAUGACUACGUUCCUCGCAUCUUAUCGUGAGUCGCAUGCAUUUUUGUUCCUCCGGUCACUCAAUCAUGUCGUAGGACGAAAGGUCCGAAUCGACACGGGUGACUGGUUGUAUUACGUAGAAUUUUUUGCGAGCAUAGUAACCGCGGGUAUUUACUAUACUUGUGAGUAGCAACAUUUUCUUUUCCUGUGUAUUAUUUAUUAGUUCAGGAUAGGUCUUCUUGCACGUCGCGUUUUUUUUCUUUUAUAUUAAUUACAUGAAAUUAACAAAUUUUGUAUUAAGAAUAUUGGUAAUGAUAUCAACUGGUAAAAACGAUAUUAUAUUAACGAUUAAUUUGAAUAUUUGUGAUCGAAGGUGUGUUCGUAAAUUCGGAAUUCGUAUUAA